AAAAACAAAAAAAAAAACAUGUCAGGUAGUGAGGCUGCUGUGAAAAACACUCAACAAGAGUAAAGGAGGUCAAGUUAGGAGCGGGGGAGGCAGUUUGCCCUGAAGGGACACAGAAGACCUAACGAAGGUGACAUUGGAGCCAUGGAGGCGGAGGGAGAGUGGUGGGGCAGCGGGGAGAGCAGGAGUAGAGGGGAGGGCAGGGGCCAAGGCCCCGAGGCAGGAAUGGGUUCCUGUGUUGGGAACAGCAGGAGGGCCUGAACAGCCAGAGCAGAGUGGGAGGAAAGAGGAGUAGAAGGUGACAUCAGAGACAUGAAGGGGUCAUCGUCCUGAAACAGCACCUCCAGAUCCCCGGGGCUGCUUCUCCCCAGGGUGCCCCGCCUGCUUGGGUGAGGUCUGGAUUGUAGCUGUAGUCCUAGCCUGAUGGCCCCCACCCUCCUCUAAUGCCUAUUUGGGGUCCCUGCACAGUGACCCCCAGGCCGGGAUAUCAGGGCUCUGAGGGGAGAUCACUUGGAGGUUCGCUUCCUUGAACUCCUGAGGAUGACCUCCAUCAUUUGAAAUCGGAAACCCGGUCCCCAAACUGCGCUCCAAGUCCUCUUGUGACUCUGGGGGUGACCUUUCCAGACUCCCUGGGAAGGUGGGGGGGUGGUCCUCAGAGCCCCAGCGGAGUCGGAGACACCUGGACUAUCCGCCGCGUCCCCAGAAGUCGCGGUCCCUGCGCCACCCGGAGAGGCCCGUGCAGCGGCCGCUUCCCGGGCCGCUGCGGCAAAGGCUGGGCGACCGCGCCCUCCCCCCGCGGUGAUUCAUCCCGCCCCCUCCCUCUCCUCCCUCCUCCCUCCCUAGGCCGCCGCCGCCGCCGCCGCUGCAGUGCGCAGGAGACCGCGGUCCGCGCCCGAGCGCGCCCGAGCCGAAGCGGGACCCGGGUCGGUGCACCUAGCGGAUGUGCCCGGCUGUGCGCGCCAGCGCAGCAGCCCGAGCAGCGGCCGCCGCCCGCGCGGCGGGGAUGCCCGGACGCCGGGCCCCGGGGCUGGGCCCCCGGCGGUAACCGGAGCGGGGGGGCCGCGCCCCCCCUCUUCCCCCCCUCGCCGGUCCCAGAGCCGCAGCUGCUGCGCCCGCGCGCUCCCGGGACAUUCUAACCGCCGCCGGGUCCCGCCGCCUCUCGCCCCGCUAUUAAUACCGGCGGCCCGGGAGGGGGGCGCAGCACGCGCCGCGCAGCCAUGGGGAGGCUGCUGGCUUUAGUGGUCGGCGCGGCACUGGUGUCCUCAGCCUGGGGGGGCUGCGUGGAGGUGGACUCGGAGACCGAGGCCGUGUAUGGGAUGACCUUCAAAAUUCUUUGCAUCUCCUGCAAGCGCCGCAGCGAGACCACCGCUGAGACCUUCACCGAGUGGACCUUCCGCCAGAAGGGCACUGAGGAGUUUGUCAAGAUCCUGCGCUAUGAGAAUGAGGUGUUGCAGCUGGAGGAGGAUGAGCGCUUUGAGGGCCGCGUGGUGUGGAACGGCAGCCGGGGCACCAAGGACCUGCAGGAUCUGUCUAUCUUCAUCACCAACGUCACCUACAACCACUCGGGCGACUACGAGUGCCACGUCUACCGCCUGCUCUUCUUUGAAAACUACGAGCACAACACCAGCGUCGUCAAGAAGAUCCACAUUGAGGUAGUGGACAAAGCCAACAGAGACAUGGCAUCCAUCGUGUCUGAGAUCAUGAUGUAUGUGCUCAUCGUCGUGUUGACCAUAUGGCUCGUGGCAGAGAUGGUUUACUGCUACAAGAAGAUCGCUGCCGCCACGGAGACUGCUGCACAAGAGAACGCCUCGGAAUACCUGGCCAUCACCUCCGAAAGCAAAGAGAACUGCACGGGCGUCCAGGUGGCCGAAUAGCCCCGGCCCUGGGCCCCGCCUCAAGGAAGAGCCAGCCCUAAUGGGGACUCUCCAGGCACCGCCUGCGCCCAGUGUGGGGGUGGCCACUCCUGGGCCCCGGAAAGCCUGAGUCCUGCCGACGGAGCCGCUGGGGUGGGAGGGGCAGGGGGAUUGGCUCGCACCCCCGCCUUGGCCUCCUCCAGCUCCUGCCCCGCCGGCCGCGCACCGCCAUGCAUGAUGGGUAAAGCAAUACUGCCGCUGCCCCCACCCUGCUUCUGCUGCCUGUUUGGGGAGGGGGGCGGUGAGGUGGGGGCAGCGGCCCCGCACCCCUCCUCCUUGCUGAUUUGCACACAUUGGCCGCUUCAGACAUGCACUUCUGGGGCCAGCCCCUCCCCGCUUCCUCCCUGCCCGGCGGCAGGGAUCGCGAUGAUGGGCUGGAGCAGUCUGGGGCAGGGGGUUCUGGGACCCACUCCGACUCCCCUCCCCCGGCAUCAUUUCUUCUCCUGCUUCCUCCGGCUGGACCUGGGGUCCCCCCUCCCUGUAAUGCACUCCUGCCCCGGCCCAACCUCGCCCUCUCUCACCAGCCUUGAACUGUGGCCACCUAGAAAGGGGCCCUUUCAGCCUCGUCUCUCUUUACAGAAGUAGUUUUGUUCAUGAAAUAAAGACUCUUGGACUUGA